CACUCAUCCUGUUCUUCCGGCGUGAUCAAAGCAACGUAUUUCAUCUACCAUCUACCUUAAGCUACAGCAAUCCUGAAAAAAAUCCUACCUUAUAGUUACUUUCUGCUCGAAUUUAAUACAUCUGUUAAGUAGCAUUCAUCUUGACAUCUAAUAACAGCACACCAUGUCAUCCCCCAACCCCGUCGAUGCCCCGCAACAUGUCCUACAGCUCCUCUCCGAACUUCACAAAAAGUCCUUGGAACAGGAAGCCUUGAUCUCCAAGAAUGGCAAAUUUAUCUCGACAGCUGUUCUCGGCAAGCUGGAAGGCAAAGGCCCUGCCGCCAACCCGCAAGCCGAAUUCGAUCAACUCAUGCUCGACAAGUUCAUCGCGCUGGACGAAGACAAAUGCCAGUUUACCUAUCAGCUGAUCAACUCCAUGGGCGCCACCAAUAUCAUAGAGGCAGGCACUAGCUUUGGAGUUAGCACCAUCUACCUUGCUCUGGCUGUCGCAAAGACCACCGCGGCGACAGGCAAGUCUGGCACUGUCAUCGCGACGGAGAAGGAGAAAUCAAAGGCAGAUAUUGCGCGGGGCUACUGGCAUCAGUGCGGUGAGAUUGUGGAGAAACAGAUCGAUCUCAGAGAAGGUGAUCUGCUUGAGACCCUGAAGGAAGGGCUGCCGGAGAUUGAUCUACUCCUUCUUGAUAUCUGGACUCCACUAGCACUUCCUACCCUCAAAACCGUUCUUCCUCGGCUUCGAUACGGUGCGGUGGUUCUUACUGACAACACUGUUUCCGGCGCUCAGGGCUACGCGGAUCUGCUGUCGUUCUUGAGAUCGCCUGAGAAUGGCUUCCGCAAUAUGACGUUGCCUUUCACUAAUGGGUUUGAGAUGAGCGUUUACCUUCCGCAGGGAAAGUGAACAGAGAAGCAGGGUUAUAACAGUGACGAUGAAGCAGAAUGUAUCCAGACCAAACUUGUACAUAGUUGCAUGAGCUCCUUGACUCAGUAAUAGUACAUAUUCACUUGACGCAUCUCAUGAACUCAACACGAAGUCAUGGCCUG